AUGCACGGCAGCACGCAAUCGCCAGCUCAGGAGCAGCACAAACGCCAGACGCCGGCCGCGCAGGAGGCGGCAGCAGGUCCGUUAAUUCGAUCGAAACGCAUCGACCCGAAACGUCAGCGGAAGCGUCUCGACCUCCGCAAGGCCGCGGGUUCUCGACCCGCAGGACGCGGCGGUUCCUCCGGUGCCAAGUUCCGCAUCUCCCUCGGUCUCCCGGUGGGAGCUGUGAUCAACUGCGCGGACAACACGGGGGCCAAGAACCUGUACAUCAUCUCCGUGAAGGGGAUCAAGGGGCGUCUGAACAGGCUGCCGGCGGCUGGCGUGGGCGACAUGGUGAUGGCUACCGUCAAGAAGGGCAAACCGGAGCUGAGGAAGAAGGUCCACCCAGCAGUGGUCAUUCGGCAGCGGAAAUCGUACAGGAGAAAAGACGGGGUGUUCCUCUAUUUUGAAGACAACGCGGGAGUGAUAGUAAAUAAUAAAGGUGAAAUGAAAGGCUCUGCAAUCACAGGCCCUGUGGCUAAGGAGUGCGCGGAUCUGUGGCCCAGGAUAGCCUCCAACGCAGGAAGCAUUGCCUAAACGCGUUCGUCUUCGUAGAGAUAAAAUAAAAGUCCUUAUACCAAA